AUGGUCAACGUGUACACAUACCUGGAGAACCUGUUCAAGCAGUCCUACACUCUCCCAACCAUCAUCGCCACCGUCUCCAUCGCCGUCCUCAUCACCCUCUUCCAGGACCACCAGGAACAGAAAAAGGAGAAGGCCAACGCUGCUGCCAAGGAGCUCGAGGGAGACAAGAAGGAAGCGGCUCAUCCUUCCUCGAGCAACACCUCUGAGGAAUCACCUGCUCCAAAGCCAAAGGCAUUCGCUCUCCCCGCGACACCUCUUCCCCCACCAAACCUGGAGCGCAUUUUCACAAAGGAAGAGCUUGCAGAGCACGACGGCGAAAAGGAGGAUGGGACAAUCUAUGUCGCGAUCAAGGGCAUUGUGUUUGAUGUGACAGCCAAGAAGGCCAUGUAUGGACCCUCAGGAGGAUACCAUUGCUUUGCCGGAAAGGAUGCCUCCAAGGCGCUUGGAAAGAGUUCAUUGAAGCCUGAGGACUGCAUUGCGGACUACAGUGAAUUGACCGAGAAGGAGCGCAAGACGAUGGAAGAUUGGUACGUCUUCUUUGAGAAGCGCUAUGCCAUCAUUGGCAGGACUGAGGCAUAA